AUCCAGGAGUUUAACCAGGUCAAGAAAUCAAAUAAACGACUCGCAGUCGGGUACAACUGAAGGCCUUUCUAGCCACCAAGUGGGCUACCCUAUUACUACGCCGACCUACAAACCGCACACUAAGGCCGCUAUGAGCAUCCAAGUACCGCACAACCUCCUCUAGAAGAGCUCCAAUUCGACUAUCUCGGUUGUCCGAUCGAUUGAAUUUAUCAAUAAUCACUUUAGUAUCCCCGUCAAAUCGGACUUCCAUAAAACCUGACGCAAGGCACUAGAGAAUCGCCUCAUGGAAGGACAACAUCUUCGCAGUCAGGGGAUCAUCAAUUCCCAGAAACCGAUCACCUCUAGCCAGGAGGACCUCCCCAUCCUGAGUUAGGAUAACCAUUCGCCCGGCCGAGUGGGAUGCAAGCUUGGUAGCCCCAUCCCAUUUACAGACUAUCGAGGAAGGGUGAGCACCCUCCAUAGGCUGAGCCGGCAGGACUACUCCCCCCCCCCCCCCCCCCCCCCCCCCCCCCCCCGGAGUCCGAGCCACGGGCAAAUUUACCCAUUCCUGAUAUUGUUGGUGGAAUUGGCGCAUUAAAGCUGGUAUACCAAACUGCUUGCCUUCAAAGACAACCUAGUUACGUGAUCGCCAUAUCCGCCAAAGAACAACAACCACCGCCAUAAAUAGCUGAGGUUGGUGAAGGAGCAUCAUCAAUCUUUUGAGGAAUAAAGGGAAAGUAUGGCGCGACAACCCUUGGCCAAGAUACUCUGGGCUCGCAUAGUUCCAAUGAGCCCUGGCCACUGGGUAGUUAAGAAAUAAAUGCUCCAAGGUUUCCGAUUCCGCCCAGCAAACCGGACAUCGGGAUGGACAGGAACAUCCUUCUCAAGAAGAGCUUCCGUCGUGGGAAGUGACGAUUGAAGAUUUGCCAUAGAAAAAAUCUUAGUUUGGACGGGAUAGGAGCCUCCCAUAACCUAAUCCAACUGGAUCUAUCCAUCCAACUAGCUUCUGAUCGCCAACGUCCCUCUUUUUUAUCCAUAAAAACUGCCAGAAGGUAAGCCGAUUUAACAGUGAAAAGCCCAUCAGUCAAACCAUGCCAAAUUAGUCUAUCCUCCACAUUGUGACGAGGCAGGGGGAUUUCCUUAAUAGCGCGACAAGUGGGCGAGUCAAACAAUUGACUUAAUUUGGAAUCACACCAACGCCCCUCCUCAUGGCAAAUAAUUGCAACAACCUUUAGGGUACCCUCCUCAGGCACAACCAUUGGGUUAAAAGUAGGCGUGAGGGGAUGAAGAUGCGGCACCCAACUGCUAUGGAGUAGCGUGGCUGUCAGACCAUUCCCAAUUUGCCAUCGUAGGCCCUGAACCAGCAAUUGUCUGCCAAAGAGAAUGCUUUGCCAUCCCCAGGAUGGACGCGAGCCUGCAAUAGCCUCCAAAAAACAUCCAUUUGGGAAGUACUUCCCUUUAUAUACUCAAGCAAGAAGAGAGGAAGGAUCAUUCAGGAUUCGCGAGCCAAUCUUGGCUAGAAGCGCCUGAUUGAAAUGCUCAAAUCGACGAAACCCCAUCCCACCCUCAUGUUUACUUCUACACAUAUUUCUCCAGGACAUCCGUCUAAUUUUCUAAUGUCCAUUCUCCACACCCCCACCAAAAUCGGGCAACAUGUUUAUCCAAUAGGCGACAAAGUGAGAGGGGAAGCUUGAAACAGGACAUGACAUAUAAAGGGAAGGCUAGCGCAACUUAUUUAAUCAGUGUUUCUUUCGCUGCCCAAGACAGAGUCCUUUGUUUCCACCCCUGCAGCCUAGCUAGCAACUUUUCUUCCAGAUAGUGAAAUGUCUCAACCUUAGAUCGUGUUAUCAGAGUAGGCAAUCCCAUGUGCUUAUCAUGGACCCCCACGGCCCCAACAACUAGGAUAUGAGCCAGGAACUCUUGAUCUGGAGUGGUAAUGUUUUUGCUAAAACAAACCGCUGACUUCACGAAAUUGACCCGUUGCCCAUUAAGUUCCUCAUAAUCAUUUAACACUAUGAUCAUAUUCUCACAUUCUUGAAGAGAUCCUCUAAGGAAUAAAUACGAAUCAUCAGCGAAGAAAAAAUGUGAGAUACGUGGUGCUCAAGGGGAAACCUUGACCCCUCCCAGUUUGCCCUCCGAAAUAUCUUUGCGAAGUAGAGCUGCAAACCCCUCUAUGCAAAUCACGAACAAAAGAUGAGAUAGAGGGUCACCCUGCCGAAGUCCUCUUAAGGGAGCAAAAUAUCCUUUAGGUGUGUCAUUCAUAAGAACCGAAAAGGAUGUUGUUCGGAGGCACUCAUGUACCCAGCCUUGCCAGGUUGAGUUAAAACCCAUUUUAGCCAAAACCGCAAGCAGAAAGGGCCAUUCGACUAUAUCAUAUGCCUUUUCAAUAUCAACCUUAAGAGCCAUAUAACCUUUUUUACCCCGCGUUUUGAUCUUCAAAUAAUGCAUUAACUCAUGUCCAAGAAGGACAUUUUCCACGAUUUGCCUCCUUAAUGAAGCGUUUUGGCCUUCUGAAAUAAUCUGGGGCAGCAAAUUAGCCAAUCUUUCUGCCAUAAUUUUAGUAAUAAUCUUGUAGACAAACUGGCACAAACUAAUACGUCGUAACUGUUUAAUAGUUUCAACAUUAUCCACUUUUGGGAUAAGCGUGAGUCAGGUAUGAUUGAAACUACGGAGCAUUCUGCUGGUCGAGAAGAACAAGCAGACUGCCUCAGUUACAGAAUCUCUGACUAUAUCCCAGUAGGCUUUAAAGAACUUUCCCGUGAACCCAUCCGAUCCUGGCGCCUGUUUCGAACCAAUGGCAAAAACAGUUUUCCUAACCUCACUAGGAAGAACUUCAGCAGUAAGACUGCGUUCAUGGCGUUAGUAACCUGACUAGCUAUCGGGAGCUCAGCGACCCGCUCCGUCAUGUUUAGCACCUAGGUCUCCGUGGUAAAGAGAGUUUGGUAGAAAUAAGUGGCAAUUUCAGCCUUACCUACCUCCUCUGUCACCCACUCCCCAUUCUCAUUCCGGAGGCCUGACACAAAAUUUCGUUUACGGUGAGCCCUUGUCACCGUAUGGAAGGACGAUAUAUUUUGGUCCCCUUUUUGAGCCAUCGAACUCUAGUCUUUUGUUGCCAAUAGACCUCCUCGAUCUCCCAUUGCCUACUCAGCUCUGUCUCCAAAAAUCGCACCGCAUCCCAAUCAAUGGGAGCAAUUAACUUGAUCCUGUCAAUUUCCGCCUGUAGGGUGCGUAUAUUAUGGAGGGAGUUAGUAGUACCCGCCCUACUCCAGUCAUAGAGCAGAUGCCUAAGUUUCUUAAGUUUUUCCCAAAGCUGGAACAUAGGCGUGCCUGGGAUAUCCUCUUGCCAAACAUAAGUCACCAUCGCUUUGACCUCGGGAUUAUCUGCUCACCGGGCAUCAAAACAGAAUAAUGGUCGACUAUGGAGAACAUAGGGUUUGUCUAAUAAGAGCAAAGCUCGAUGAUCAAAACCCUGGUUCGUGAAGUGCUUGACCAGCAUAUCAGGAAAGAGAUCAACCCAGUUAUGGGAGCAGAGUGCCACGUCAAGUCGUUCACGGAUACAGGCCGCUCCCAUGCGCUUAUUUGUCCAUGUAAACUGGUCUCCUUGGUACCCAGGGUCAUGAAGUCCCAUAUCAUGGACAAAGUUUCGGAAAUCAGUCGCUUGGGCAGCAUUCCACGGAUUUCCGCCAUCCUUUUCACUCCCAUGAAGAAUCGCAUUGAAAUCCCCUAUAACCACAUAUGGAGUAUUGAGUCCAUCACAAAUUUCAUGAAGUUGAGCUAGUUGGUUAGCUCUUAUUGCGUCAACACAACUAAUGUAGACAAAAACUACAACAUAAAAAUCCAACUCAUUGAUUCGAGUACAAAUUCAGAAUUGGGAACUAAAAAACACCGAAGCAUCAACUCCGGGGGACCAAGCUACGACAAGACCUCCUUAUGCAUUAACAUCAUAUCAUGGACAAAGUUUCGGAAAUCAGUCGCUUGGGCAGCAUUCCACGGAUUUCCGCCAUCCUUUUCACUCCCAUGAAGAAUCGCAUUGAAAUCCCCUAUAACCACAUAUGGAGUAUUGAGUCCAUCACAAAUUUCACGAAGUUGAGCUAGUUGGUUAGCUCUUAUUGCGUCAACACAACUAAUGUAGAAAAAAACUACAACAUAAAAAUCCAACUCAUUAAUUCGAGUACAAAUGCAGAAUUGGGAACUAAAAAACACCGAAGCAUCAACUCCGGGGGACCAAGCUACGACUAGACCUCCUUAUGCGUUAACAGCAUCUACAAAAAAAUAAUGAGAAUUCUCAAAACCUAAACCCCGCAUACGAGGGGAAACGACUCUCCGACGUGAUUUUGUAUUCGAAAAGAAAACAAGGUCCGGUUUAUUAGAAUGAACUAAACCGAAAGCUGUUUGGAAUGUGAGGGAUGGUCCAAUUGCUCUCACAUUCUAGGCCAAUAGCCUCAUUUAUCAAGUUGAGGCCACUCAUGGCUAGCUUCCUCCACCGAUUCAUCAUACUCCGAAACUUCCACAAAUUGCUUCUUAGGAGAGGGAAUAUCCCCCAUUUCAUCCUCCACCUUCUCUAGGGGUCGUUUUCGCCCACCAAUAACAGGAUCCAACAAAUUCCUUCCAUAUUCAUCCCAUGGUAAAGGAAACCAUACCGGACAUCAUUACCGGAUUACUUUCUGGUAGGAUAUUUUGUGGUACGACCGUGGUUCAACUGUUUCAUACCAGUAAAUGCCAAUUUUAUUAUAAAAAUAUAUUUUUUAUAAAAAAAUCGUGUCGGCAAAAUCAGGGUACCGUUUCGGAGUAAUACCGGAUGUAUCGGAAUAUACCGGACAAUUUUUU